AUGCAUGCAAUAGUUAAGAAAAAGAGAUUUUCCUUACUUUUCUUAGAAGAAGGAGAAAUCUAUACAAGAGACUGCACAGGCUUUAGACAGCACCCAGAUAUGUUUCCUAACCCCACUCAAGAAAAAGGAAGAAUUCAUCUUUGCUCAAAGUCCUUAACUUAAUUAAAAUUAUAGAGAAGCACCUGAAGGUGCAGUUCUCCACCUUGUAUCGCUUAGCCGCUAGCUCCAAUCUUUUCCUAGUACAGCUCCUCUCUGGGGUUUCCGUGGGGUCGCCAUGACUACGCCUGACUUGGGUUGCUCUUCCAGAAAAUUCGAAAAAUAAAUUUUUCUAGCCGUGUUGUCGACCAAGAUGGAACUUGCAGCCCAGAAUUCGUUUUCAAGUAUCGUACAAAGAAAAUUGCAUGAUUGGUUCUAAGGAUCUUGCUGGGCCUACCCUUUCCAACUCCAAGAGUCUAUCUCUCCCAAGAUGUAAAAACUUUGCCUGGAAUGAACUUGGUUGACUAAUCUGGCAUUGUGCUCCAUCAAACCAAGUCAACCCUGGCAGAUGCACAUCACCGAACACCAUCCUGCCUUCCAAAAGGUCCCUGGGUCACCCCAGCUACAGGUGUUAAGAGAGUGGGUAGCUUGCAGAGUUAAUUUAUAUUCAUCUUUGCUCAAAAUCUUUAAUUUUUGAGCCAGAAGAUGCCAAUUCUGCUAUAAUAAAGUAUGCAUUUAUUGACAUUGUAGACAUCCCAGAAGAAGUAUUAGCUCCAAGCAGUCUAAUAAACCACACAGAAAGCGCAACCAGGCUUAAUUUCCAAAUCAAAAAAAUAACAUUUCUUCCUGAUGCUAAUUUUCCAUCCCCAUAUAAGCCAAAUCUACUAGAAUCUCCACAAGAAGUAUAUUUUGAUUUACUAUAUGAAAAUAUUACAACAAUCAUUAAUUGGGUAAAAGAUUUAUAUAUUCUUUCAAGGCAAAAUCAAAGCGUAGACCGAGAUUUAAUAAUUACUGAAUUGGUCUCUCAAAGAGAAAAAGGAGUUAGAUUCGAUUUAAGUAGGAUUAUGAGCUACACAGAAAAUCCAUUAGCACAAACAAUUAUGGCUAGAAGAAUACACCCUAUGACAAAUUCUCCUGUACUGCUAUAUAUUACUGAUGCGUGCAUAUAUAUCCAAAGCAUAUAUAGGAUGUCCUCAAACCCAGUGAAGCAUGUAAAGUAUGCAGAUAUUUCUAAACUUUAUAAAAGAAGAUGGAAACUUCAAGAAAUUGGAUUAGAGUUCUUUACAGAAAUGAAAAAAUCAAUGUUUUUAGCGUUCCAAACAGAAAAUGAAAGAAAUGAAAUUUUUGAUUUAUUAUCAGGUUUAGUGCCUUCGGCUUGUGAAACUGAAAACUCGUUAGAUUUAAUGCUAAUGAAAUGGCAAGCAAGGCAGAUUUCUAAUUAUGACUACUUAUUAUAUUUAAAUUCUGCAGCUCAUCGCACUUUUUCAGACUUCACUCAAUAUCCGGUAUUCCCAUGAAUCAUUUCAAAUUACCAAUCAGAUGAUCUCGACUUAGCCGAUCCUUCCAAUUUUCGAGAUCUUUCGAAGCCAAUUGGUGCCUUAAAUCCAUCAAGAUUAGAAAACUAUAAAAAUAGAUGCAAAUACAGGUGAAGGUAAAUAAAAACUCUGCGCUGUUUUCAACCCCCUCACAAAACUUAUAAAAUGACUGCAAUUUUAAAAAAAUUUUUUUAUAUGAAAAAGUAAUUGGUGCUUUAAAACAGGAAAAAAAUUGCAUAUAAAAAAUCCAUAUUCUAUCAGGACUAAACAAAUUUAAGUAAAAAAGCUCAAGAUGAGGUUGUAUAAUAAACAGUAUAUAUUUUAUAAAAAAUAACAAACAAUAUCGCCUAAAAGAAUGUAAGGGUGACAUGAUACACAAUCAUAGAUUUUUGUCUUUUUACAAUAAGAUAAAUAAAAUGGCAUUCGGUCUGAGAGAAAUUAGCUUUGCUAAUUUUCUUUCUCUCAUGGAAUUUUAUUUAUGGAGUUGAGUUUUACCUCGAGAACUUCUGCACAACAACAGCAGUUAACUUUUGAGAUAACCAGAGGAACUGCUCCUCAGUACAUCAAUACGCUCAGGUUUUUACCCCUCAGCACAUCCCCACGGGAGGAUGGCCCUUAGGUGGAACACGCGCAGGAGCUGAGUUGGGGUAAGGGCGAAGGCAACGCUCCGGGUGGGAUGUGCGACGACGAAUGGCGGCGGAGCUUUGUAGAAAGCUUGUCCGGUGGGCUGACCACCGCGAUUCCAAGAUGGCUCGGUGACGUCACUAGUUUAGCUAUAACCCUAUUUAGGGUGCGGCACUAGACACCUUAAACACUAGGUAAUUAAGUAAGUAAGUCUUUUACAAUAAGAGGAAAAAAGCAUACUGUAAAAAGAAUAAAAUGAUAAAAGUGACUCAGAAUAGUGAGUAUUAUAAUCACAGACAAUUGUCUUAUAAAGUUAAAACAUAUUGUUUUGAAAUAAUGUUUAUUACACAAUUCCAUCUUGAGCAUUCUCUUCUUAAAUUUGCUUAGUCUGGAUAAAUAUAGUAUUUUUUCCCUUACCAUUUAUUUUUUCACCCUUCUGUUUGGAAAAAAUUCAAAAAGUGUCGUUUGCACUUUUUCACACCAAAAUCCUAUUUUUCAAAAUUACAGUCAAUUUUAUAGGUUUUGGGAGGGAUUGAAAAAAGUAUAGAGUGUUUUAUUUACCUCACCCUGCAAAUACAUGCCGGACCCAAAAUUUCUCUAUGGAACCCACUAUUCAUCCCCUGGCUAUGUUGUUGGAUUUUUAUUCCGAAAAUACCCAAUUUAUAUGUUCAAAUUAAACGUAAUUUCAAAAUAGGGCGGAAAAUUCGAUUCUCCCGACAGACUAUUUUAUGAUAUUUCUAAUGAAUGGAAAAGUGUGAACGAAAACCCAUCAGAUGUUAAAGAAUUAAUACCUGAAUUUUUUUCUGACGACCCCAGUUUUCUUAUUAAUAGUCUAGGGCUAGAUUUUGGCACAAAAAUGAGUGGAGAAAAGGUAUGAGAUGUAAAACUUCCUCCAUGAGCAAAAAAUCCGAAGGAUUUUUUAUCAAAAAUGAAAGAUGCACUUGAAUGUGAAUUUGUGAGCGAUAAUCUCCACAAGUGGAUUGAUUUAAUUUUUGGGUACAAGCAACGGGGAGAUGAAGCAUGAAAAGCUGGCAAUGGUAAAGGCUAAAUAGUUUUCCAUCCUUAUACUUAUGAAGGGAAUAUUAAUAUCGAUGAAGUUUCUGAUCUAGUUGAAAGGAAAUCCAUCGAGCAGCAAAUAAGCGAAUUUGGCCAAACCCCCAAACAAUUGUUUACUAACCCUCAUCCUCAAAGAAACUCAAACACUAACAUAAUCCACACAUUUUCUGAAGAUACAUUACUAUGAAACUCCCAUAUAAUUGCUAGUAAAACCAAUGAUGAUGUAUCUGAAAUAACCUUGCAUAAGAAAAGAAUAAGCUCUAUGGCUCAUGAUCCUUAAUAGAUACUUAAUGUCCAACAACUAAAGCUCCUAGUCUAUAUAAUAAAUCAGGAUAGAAUCUUAAGCGUUAAAAGUACUCAAUGACAACAACUAAAUCUCCUAUCAGAUUUUUCUACACUUCACCAGAAAAGUGCACAGUUCUAUUCUUUGUUAGUAUUCAGAUAUAUAUAUAAAUUAGACAGUAUUAAUUAAUGAAAAGAUAAUAGUGUCUUAAAAAUAAGAAUACUCUUUAUAAUUAUUAUGCGCAUAAAUUUAAUUUCAUUUACUUGGUUGAACCUAAAUUCUAUAGUAAACAGGAAAAAUUAGGUAAGAUUUUAUUAGUGCCAGUCUAUAAAGGCAUCUUAAAUUAAAAAUUAAUUUUUAGAAUAAAGAUAUUUUUAGUUUGGCUCUUUUACUUGCCAAAAUUUCUUUGACAUGCCACUUUUAAUUCCUAAAACUAGGCCUAAGCCAUUUGCUGCGUGAUUGCCAAUUUUUAAACGGGCAAGAGAAGAACCAUUUUAAUUGCAACAUAUAUCUCACAUUUAUUUCCCGUGCCUUUAUGCUCAUUAUUAAAAAUAUUUUCGUAAACUAUAUUGAACUAGUUUAAAACGAAUGAUUUUUAUAUUUAUAUCCAAAUAUUUUCCCUUCCCUAGAGUAAAGGGUCUGGUUUAAGACGUGCAAGAUAUAAAGUCCAUUAUAAUAGCUUUUUUUGAUAAUGGCGAUCAAUAAAGAUUCAUGAGCUAUAUAAAUGAACUGAAUAAUCAAAUAAUAACCACAGGCCAUGAUGGAUGCAUAAAAGUACUUACCUUAAAUCCUGUUAAAAAGAGAUCAUUCCCAAUAUGUGAUUUAGCAAUAUCAUGUAGUGCCAUUAUUAAUGAAAAAAAUAUUGUUUCAGGAUCAUAUGAUAGCAAACUUUAUGUAUUUAAUUUGUCUACAGGAAGAGUUGUAGAUAAAAUUUCAGCCCAUUCAGAUGCGAUUUCAUGCUGCUUGAAUUAUGAAGAACUGGGAUUUAUAGCUACUGGGUCUUGAGAUUGCCAUAUUAACUUGUGGGAUCUUAGGGAUAGUGCAAAUCCAUUUGACACUUUUGAGAGCCAUGAAGAAAGGAUAUCAGCUAUGUGCAAAGAUGUGAUGGCUUUAAGGCCAGAUUUAAUGAUUUCUGCAGAUAUUUUAGGAAAAAUUGUAGUUAGGGAUAUAAGAAAAGGAGUUUUAGGAGUGAUAGAGACUAAUUCACAAAUAAAUGAUAUUAUUUUUUACCUAAAAUAAGAUUUUUCUAUUAAUUAAAAAAUUUUAUGAUAAUUCUAUAUAAAAACUAUAUCAAAUAUAGCUUAAAAAAUAACCAUAUUUUAUCAGCAGACACAGAGGGUAUCAAAGAAUACGAAACACAAGGAAAAUUGGUAAAUUCUUUUGAGAUUUCUGAUGUUAAUUGUUUUGAUACUGAUGGAUCAUUUUUAAUUUGUGGAAGAAAUGAAGAAGGGCUUGAAUUAUGAAAUAUUGAAGAAAAACAGAUUGUUUCCAGUUGAAAAAGUAUCUCGAAAGCCACUGCAAUUCAUAUAGGCCAUCACGGCGAAGAAAUUUUUAUCGGAAAUGAACUUGGAUUAAUAUAUACUUUUUAA